CGCUUUUUCAGGUUAUUUUUUUGGGGAUUCCUCACCUGCUCCAGCUCUCAGCUGGAAUUCUUGGAUUGGGAAUUGAUUCUGGGGCCGUUUCAGGAGCUGAGAGGGAUUCCCACCUCUUUUUUCAGUUUUUUUUUUAAUUUUUGGCUUUUUUCAGGAGGGAGCGAUGCUGUUGGCAGCUCCGGGAUGGCUGCAGCUCUGGUGUCCUCCCAGCAGGGAGCUUCUGGAGCUCUCCAACCCUCGGGAUUCCCCCAGAUCCUGCUGGGCCUGACUGGAAACCAGAGCUGGAGCAGGAGCCAAACCCAUCCCGGCACAUCUGGGAUUCCAGGGGGUGCCAAAUCCAUGAGGAGAGGAACCAGAAGAGGAAGAGAACCCCAAAAAAACCCCAGGAAUUGUUCUUCCAGAGCGAUGCCAGGAGCAGCUGCAGGUUCCUUCCUCACACAGAAAGCCGUUUAGAUAUGGAGCUGGACCUUCCAGGAGGAGAAGGAGAAGCGGCUGAGGAAGGGCUGAUCGAGUUCUACAGCUCCUACAAGGAGAUGUUUGAGUUCUUCUGCAAGAACACCACGAUCCACGGCACCAUCCGGCUGGUGUGCUCGGGCAGGAACCGCAUGAAGACGGCGUUCUGGACGCUGCUGCUGCUGGCCAGCCUGGCCAUGCUCUACUGGCAGUUCGCCCUCAUGUUCAGCCAGUUCUGGGCCUACCCCGUGGUGCUCACCAUGUCCAUGGACUCCGAGCCCAAAAUGUUCCCGGCCGUCACCAUCUGCAACCUGGAUCCCUACAGGUUUGAGCUGGUCAGCGAGCAGCUGGAGCAGCUGGAGCUGAUGGCCGAGGAGUCGCUGACCUUCCUGUACGGCCCCAGGGCCGCGGCCCGGCUGGCCCUGCUGAGGGCCAGGGACAGGGCCAGGAACAGGGCCAGGGCCAUCCGCGUCCAGGCCUGGGCCAACCUCAGCAGCGCCGCCUUCCGCCUCAGCCACAACUUCUCCCUGGUCCGCAUGUGGGACCCCAGCGCGGGCAGGAAACAGGCCAGGGUGGGAUUCCGGCUGUGCAACUCCACGGGCGGGAGCUGCUUCUACAACUGGCACCCGUCGGGCAUGGACGCGCUGCUCGAGUGGUUCCGCUUCCACUACAUGAACGUGAUGGCCCAGCUGCCCCCGGCGCUGCCCCCGCACCCGCAGCACUUCCAGCACCUCGUCUACUCCUGCCAGUACGACGGGGAGCCCUGCCGGCCCAGUGAUUAUGAUCACUUCCACCACCCAGUUUUUGGGAGCUGCUACACUUUCAACAGCAAGGGGACAGAUCCCUUCUGGGCAGCCACAAAACCAGGAAUUCCUUAUGGGCUGUCCCUGAUCCUGCGGGCCGAGCAGAAGGAGCACAUCCCUCUGCUGUCCACCGUGGCUGGGGUGAAGGUGAUGAUCCACAGCCACAACCAGACGCCGUUCCUGGAGCACGAGGGCUUCCACAUCCGCCCGGGCAUCGCCACCACCAUCGGCAUCCGCCAGGACCAGGUGAAUCGCCUGGGUGGCAACUACGGCAGGUGCACCACGGACGGGGCGGACGUGGCCGUGGAGCUGCUCUACAACAACUCCUACACCCUGCAGGCCUGCCUGCACUCGUGUUUCCAGCGGGCCAUGCUGCAGCGCUGUGGCUGCGGCUACUUCUACUACCCGCUGCCCGCCGGGGCUCGCUACUGCGACUACAGCCGCCAGCCCGCCUGGGGGCACUGCUUUUACCAGCUCUACUCCCGGCUCAGGAAUCACCGCCUGGAUUGUUUCCAGCACUGCCCCAAACCCUGCAGGGAAUCCCUGUACAAGGUCUCAGCUGGCACAGCCAAGUGGCCCUCGGCAAAAUCCCAGGACUGGGUGCGCCAGGCUCUGCGGCACCAGAACGGCUACAACUCCAGCAGCAGCAGGAGGGACAUUGCCAAGGUCACCAUCUUCUACCGGCAGCUGAGCUCGCAGGCCGUGCACGAGGCCCCGCUGCUCUCGGAGAACCUGCUGCUGUCCAGCAUGGGCAGCCAGUGGAGCCUGUGGUUCGGCUCCUCGGUGCUCUCGGUGGCGGAGAUGCUGGAGCUGCUGCUGGACGCGCUGGCGCUGGCCCUGCUGCUGUGCCUGCGGCGCCUGCGGGGCCGGGGAGCCCCGGGAGCCCGGCCCGGCCCGGGGGGACCGGGAAUGGCGGGGGGGACCCUGAGGGACCCCGGAAUGGCGGGGGGAGCCCCGGGGAGCCCCGGGGAGCCCGGCCCGGCCCGGGGGGACCGGGAAUGGCGGGGGGGCCCUGAGGGACCCCGGGGAGCCCGGCCCGGGGGGACCCCGGAAUGGCGGGGGGAGCCCUGA